CAGGCUAAUUAAGCUGAAGUGGAGACUUGCGACUGGUCAGGACGCACAGACCCCAUCCUGUUCUCUGACAAAAACAUAUUUAUGUCAAGACAUAGGACAGUUUACAUGUUACCUUUUCUUCCCAUGCAUUUUCUAAAAUAUUUUCCUUCAAGGCACUGAGAGCCAAACUAAGUGUCUGGGAUAUUUGUUUUUUUUCCCCUGCUCUGAUAUUUUUCUGGUUGACAGAGUCUACACAGCAGAAGACAAACAAUCCUCUACGUCUUUCUCUCCGACGUGGGCCAUCAAAGGGAAAAGUCAAGUGGAUAAGACUGAUGUUUUCGUCCAGUCACAUGUAGAAGCGUUGGACUAUUGCUGUUGAUAUUCAUCACUGGCUCGUUUUUUAUACACAUAUUCCCUGCAACGGCACCAUAAAAGGAGGAAUACCAAGGCAUUUGGCUGAACAAACAAGCAGAAAAUCAAUCAGAACUCCAUCAUGGGCUGCCCCCUCUUGCGGAACGCGUUUGCUGGUUUGAUCCUGGUUCUGCUGUCGAAAGCGUCCAGCGUGCGCGGAGCAGAAUUCGGACACCUGCCGGACAACAUUACAGUGUUGGAAGGAGAAAGCGUCACUUUGAGAUGUCGGAUCGACGAGGAGGUGACCCAUAAGGCCUGGCUGAACCGCUCUAACAUCCUGUUCACGGGAACCGACAAGUGGUCGCUGGACAAGCGUGUGACGCUGGCCAACAGUAACAACAGUGACUUUUCCAUCCACAUCGACAAGGUGCAAAUAACAGACGAGGGGCCUUACACGUGCACCUUCCAGGCCAACAACAAGCCUCGCAUCUCCCACGUCUACCUCAUUGUCCAAGUGCCGGCCAGAAUCGUCAACAUCUCAAAAAACGUGUCUGUGAACGAAGGAGAGAAUGUAAACCUGUACUGUCUGGCAGUGGGUCGGCCCGAGCCCACCGUCACCUGGAAAGACCAGAAAUAUGGAUUGGUGAGUGACGGGGAGUUCCUAGACAUCACAGAGAUCAAGAGGCAGCAGGCCGAGGACUACGAAUGCAUCACCAACAAUGGAGUGUCUCCACCUGAUCAGCGCAAGGUCAAGGUCACGGUCAACUACCCUCCGAUGAUCACAGACAUGAAAAACAUGCCUGCCCAUUUGGGUAAGACGGCCAUAUUGCGAUGUGAAGCCAUGGCAGUCCCACCAGCCUCCUUCGAGUGGUACAGAGAUGAACACAGGCCGGUAGAGAGUGACAACACCCUGAGGAUCAAAAACGAGAAGACUCGCUCGCUGUUGCUGUUCAACAAUGUGACAGAGAAACACUUUGGCAACUACACCUGCUUUGCCUCAAACCGUCUUGGGGCUUCCAACGCCAGCAUGCUGCUGUUUCGACCGGGGGCCAUUAAGGGGCAAGGGACCGGUUUACAUGCAGGAAGCGUCGGCGUGUGUGUUUGGGUUUCCCUCUCUGCUGUUCUUCUGAUGAAGGUGUAAAGAUCGAGCUCCACCUGGAAUUGUCCCAAAACGCCCCUUAAAGCCCCCCCCCCCCCUCUCUCUUUCUCCCUAUCUCCCCCUCUACGGAAGGAAGAAGGAAAUGAAAUUCUUUAAUUACGAACCCAUCACUGUGAACAAAAAGAAUAUGCAUUAUUCCAGGAGCCAUUGAAUCAUUGUAUCAAACACACAACCACAUUAUCCCCUCCCCCCCCCCCCCCCCCCCCAACACCCCCGCACCCUCAAUUAAACCAUUGUCAUCAUCUCUUCCUCUCUUCCUCUCACACACACAGUCUAUCUCUCUCUCUUUGUCUCCCAGAAUGCCUUGUCUGACUUGGUACUUCCCUCCUCACCUUGUUCUCCCUUCAUUAUUACCACUGGGCUGAUGUUGAUAGAGAGUGUAUAUUAACGAUUAUUGUGUCGGUGAUCAGUGAGAAAAUAGAUAAUCUAACAACUGGACGAUCAUUGAUGUAAUAUACUACAUAGACUAAUGACUGACCUACAAUGUUUGCCUUAUGGAAAUGAUACAUAAAAUCUCAAUAUUAUGGAUAUUUAUGGAAAUAUAGUUAUAAUGUGGUACAGACGGUCAUGUGACCUUUUGAAAAUUGUCCAGUUGGUGGCUAUGUGAAGUGUCACCCUGUGAUCACACACACACACACACCCACACACACACCCACACACACACACACACACACACCCACACCCACACGCACACACACACACACACACACACACACACAC